UCUCGAUUCAGUGCUCUCUUGAAAUUUUUUUGGGUUAUUAAUUUAAAGUUUGGAUAAGGGAACCCAACAUCCGACUGAGCCACAGCCCAGCUAUAGACCGGAUAAACCGGGUUCGUUACAAUUGGCGCCCAACGUGGGGCCCUUAUAAAUAAAGGAAGCAGUAAGGGCCAAGGAGGAGAACUCACAGAUAACAAAAGUGAAGUGAAGUGAUUUGGAAAACUACCAAGCAAAAGUGCAAAGACACCUUUAAAGUGAUAGAGACACAGGGUAAAGCCCAGAAAUUAAGAACUGUGAAAGUAAUCAAACAUUCCUUACAAAUAAGAGGGUAACUUGAAACAAAGGAACAUAAACAAAAUAAUAAUAAUAAUAAAAUAAAAUAAAAAUGGUGAAAACAAAGUGGGUGUACUACUUAAAUAAAAAGGAGCUUGUGACCUAUAUGACGGAGUUCGGCCCUGACAAUUCGGGGACCGUCGAGGAGCUGCGUAAACGCCUCUCUACAUUUGUACAAGAGGAAGGGGAGACUGAGAACCAUCGCGAUCGGGUCACUGAUUUAGCGCUUAAGCAUAAGCGAGGUCUACAAGCGCGGGGAAUGCACCAACACCGAAGAGACCCGAAGUGCUACUACUACCGCCUACACAACAACCCAUCAACGACGGCAGCACAAGAGGAACGCCGAACGUGCCAAUGUAUCCAGUAUACGUCGACUCACAACGAUCAGCCCCAACUAUUAUGGACCGCGUACGCAAAUGGGGCGUCAAAUACGAUGGCGGCAAGGACCCGCUGGGUUUCAUCGAACGCGUCGAAGAAUUAGCCGACGGGUACGAGAUAGAAAGAGACGCACUUCCACGAGCAUUACCCGAGUUAUUUAAGGAUAGAGCCCUCGUCUGGUUACGAAACAAUCACGGCCACUGGAGAGACUGGGAGACGUGUAAGCGAGAUUUCCUGAAGUUCUUGAACUCUCGGUAUUUCGAAAGACUCGAUGAAGAGAUACGGCAGCUUGUUCAACGGCCCAGAGAGGCAUUUAAAGACUAUGUACUAGCGCUACAAGGGCUAAUGCGUCAUUCCGACUAUACGGAGGCACAAAAGCUUCGACGCAUCUAUAAGAACUGCCGAAGCGAAUACCAGCUGUAUAUUAAGCAAACUGAAUUCAACACUCUUGGAGAUUUGGUAAGUCUGGCCGAAGACUACGAGAAUAUUGUAGCAGAGAAGGAGUCGCAACGAGCAUUGCCCCGCGCAAUAACCCCGAGACGAAAUGAGGAGCGCAACUACACUAUCCGAGAGGAGCAGCGAAGAGAGAGGCAUACGAUGCCAGCCAGACGGCACGAUGGAACCGAUUUUGCGCCACCUACGGGACACCAACGUAAAAGCGAAGGAUCUAGCCGAGUAAACCCACGAACGGCGUGCAGACGAUGCGGCGAAGACGGACAUUUCGCCUACGAAUGUCGCAACGAUAUCCAGCAAUUCUGUUGGACGUNUAUUGUAGCAGAGAAGGAGUCGCAACGGGCAUUGCCUCGCGCAAUAACCCCGAGACGAAGCGAAGAGCGCAACUACACAAUCCGAGAUGAGCAGAGAAGAGAGAGGUAUACGAUGCCAGCGAGACGGCAGGAUGGAGGCGAUUAUGCGCCACCUACGGGACAACAACGUAAAAGCGAAGAAUCUAGCCGAGUAAACCCACGAACGGCGUGCAGACGAUGCGGCGAAGACGGACAUUUCGCCUACGAAUGUCGCAACGAUAUCCAGCAAUUCUGUUGGACGUGUGGUCGGCGGAACAUUCGAACUUCAGACUGUUGCCGUGGGAAACAGGGAAACGGCCAAGGACCCCAUUCGCGACGNAAUGCGGCGAAGACGGACAUUUCGCCUACGAAUGUCGGAACAAUAUCCAGCAAUUCUGUUGGACAUGUGGUCGGCGGAACAUUCGAACAUCAGACUGUUGCCGCGGACAACAGGGAAACGGCCAUGGACCUCAUUUGCGACGAAGAGUGGGGUCUCCAAUAA